AUGAGCUUGCCCGAGCCCCAAUCUCUGCGUCGGAACGAGCGCGAAGACAUGUCGUCGUUCAAGGUCCGUCUGAUCGCAGAGCACAUCGUCAAGCAGGUGGCCAGGCAUCGAUCAGAGGCGCUUGCAGCGUCGAACAGAGGCAGCAGCAACGCCGGAUCGCACGCCAUCAAACCUCUAUUGGUAGGCAUGCAAGGGCCACAAGGCAGCGGUGAGUCGUACGCGCGAUGAGCAAAUGAUCAUGUGGAAUUGCUGCGCUGAUCAUCACCACCCACUCGCUUCGACUUGGCUCGCUCAUAGGCAAGACGACUUUGACAUCCCAGCUGCUGGACGAGCUGAGGACUGCAAGGUACGAUGUGCGCGCUGCCGUCUUCAGUCUGGAUGGUGAGCGAGUAUUGAAGGGACAAGGGCAGGAGAAGGCGGACUGAACACGCUCUGUAGGCUGCGCUGACAUGAUCUGAGCGCCGCCUAGACCUCUACUUGACCCAUGCUGACCAGAAAGCACUAGCUGCUGUGCAUCCCAGCAACAAAUUGCUCGAAGGAAGAGGUCAGCCCGGCACACAUGAUGUGCCGCUUGGCUCCGCCGUCCUUCAAUCGAUAGCCGGCAUGAAUGAGCUUAGCGAAGGCGGGAUUACAGCUCGAGUGCUCGAUCUGCCUGUCUAUGAUAAAUCAGCUCAUGGUGGUGAAGGCGACCGCUCAGGAGAGACUGUGAAGGUGCAUGCACCCCUUGAUGUGGUCAUCUGGGAAGGAUGGUGCAUGGGCUUUGGCUCGCUGGAGCCAGCCGUGCUGCGAGACAAGUACGAUCGCUCAUCGAGUUACGCUCGAACCGGCACAACUUCUGCUUCCGGUGCAUCAUACUUCACCCGGCAUCCGAUCGUGCACCUUCAAGAAGUCAAUUCGCAGCUUGCGUUAUACGAGGCCACCUGGUGGGCUCAGAUCGAUGCUUUUGUUCAGCUGGCACCCACGCCUCCUUCGGGACAAAGAGAUGAAGGUUCAGAAGCUUUGGACACAGUCUUUGUAUGGAGGUUGCAAGCUGAGCGGGCCAUGAAGGAGCGGAAUGGGGGCAAAGGCAUGUCCGACGAAGCUGUAAGAGAAUUUGUCGCGAGGUGAGUGCGCGAGCGAGCCUAGGAGGGCGAGAGGGUCUAGUUGCGAGAGCUCACGCGCUGUGCUGCGCCUCAGAUACAUGCCUGGCUACGAGCUCUUUGGGGAUGGCGUACAGGGGGUGAAGAAGCCCUGGCAUGGCAGAGGCUUGCGACUUGGGCUUGACUCGGACAGGAACGUGACUGAAGUGCGCACCUUCUGA